AUGAACGCGAAGAAAAAUGGAGCGAUCAAGAAAAAGAUCACAUGGGAUAUGGCUGCUCAACUUGUUGAGUACGCCACGGCAACUGAUUUGAGGAUCAUUGACCACGAAACAAAUGAGAGGAUCUGUGCCAUCUUAAAUGUUAACAAAACCAAAGCAAAAGACUUACUCAACGUGUUAAGAAAGAGAAUGUUGAACAAAAAAGACAGUGUUGUCCGACUUGCAUUAGAACUGAUGCAACAGACUCUCACAGAAUGUCCCGAUGUCGUGGAAUUCUACGCAACAGACAUGUGGCAAGACUGUUUCAUCACAACAGUCUUGAAGAAAAACGUCAUGAUAGAUACUAAAAUGAAACUGCUAAGCAUCGUCAGAGGACUCGCGGAACAAUACCCAAGCAUGUUAAUCUUCGUGGACACAUACAACCAAAUGAAACAACAUGGUAUCGAGUUUCCAGCAGCAGCAUCGUUUAUAAGAAAAGAAGUUGAGGAGAGUAAAGUACCUAAGUCAACGUUUAUGGAGGACUGCGAAAAGCUUCGACAGUACUGUGAAAUACUGAAUCAGACGUUCGACUAUCUUACAAUUCCAGAACUGAAAGAAUUGAAAAAUGACGAACUGACCAUUGAACUUGUUGGGAAAUUACAAAGAGCUGUCCCAGUGAUUAAUGACGUUCUCUCGAAAAGGACGACUGGCUCUGGGAUAAGAGAGACGCUUGAGGUCAUUCAGACACAAGUCUAUGACACGUUGGCGCGUCACAAAAACUUGACAGAGAAGGCGGACCUUGUUGUGACUGACAAAAAGCUAGUGGAGAACACGGAGUUCAUGUAUGAGUCGAAGAAGUUCCGUUAA